AAUAAUAUUCCUUAACAAUUUCAACAUUUUGUUAAAUGCCUAAUGUACCUACUUACCUACCAGGUAGUUAAACAAUUACUUGAUAUUAAAAACCACCUUAUAAACGUUUGUGUAUGAAUUCUGUAUACGUAGUGGCAAGUAUACAUGUAUUUCAACAUUCUUUGUUUCUAUUAUUAUACGGAUUUGGUGCGUGCUCAGACUGCAUCAAAAAUUUAGGGGUAAGAGAUUACAUUGCUAUUUACCUACUAUAUAUGUACACUACAGCGUACCCUUUUUGAAUUCGCUAACCAUUUUCAGCAAACAACCGAGAUAGGUUUGCUAGAUUCCUUAAAUUGCCUUUAUUUGUCUGUGUUCGAUACUCGUAAAUAGUAGGUAGGCGACAUGGGAAACGGUAAGUUGCAUAGGAGAAUUCUAUCCGUGGCCCAGCGCUAAGACUGGGCCUGUAAGAAACAGGCUUUCGAGAUUUACGCCAACAGCAUAUGUCCAACGCCAAUCAUUAGUCUAAGUGUGGUUGCGGAACCGACAGAAUGGAUAGGUGAUCUGGCUCUUUGAGAUCGAGGGUUAACUUCUUAAAUACAUAAAGACUCGACAACCCCAGGAGGUAAACAACCAUCUCACCUAAAGACCAGGGCUACAUACAUAAUAGGCAACCACCACCACGUGUGGGGAUUAUUAUUGACAUGAGUCAGAGACGAAUUAUUUUCAUUGGCUCUGACAUGUUUUCUCUUACUUCCAGAUGACAAAGCAAAGGCGCAAGUUAAACUUCAUGUACCUAGGUAGUCAUACUUCAUAUCAGAAGUUCCGAUGAGUUAUGCUUUAUUCC